AUGUCGCCCACGCCAAAGAAAGCCUCCCGCUCAGGGGCCGCCAGAAGGCGGCGUGGGAAACGGAAGAUCACCCCGAGAUCGCCCCUGUCUAUCCUGGCCCAGACUCGCAAAAACAGCGCCGUGAAGAAACGUGAUCGCGGCGACGUGGUCAGCAGCAGCAAGACAAAACUUACGGAGCGCAGGAGUAAACCAGGGAGACCAUUCAGACUGAAUCUCCUUCCACUGUCGACCGAGCCAAGAGAAAAGAACUGCUUUAGACGGGAUCCAUCCCCUGCAAACUACCGAUUUGUCCCCAAGGGCGACAUCUACAUUACUCGCAAUUGCCGAAAACUGACAAAGGAGUCUGGCCGAAUUGUCUACGUGGUUUAUGAUGAUAGAGGCAAGAGCACUCUUGGCCUACGUGUUCCGGCCGAUGUUCACACUGCCGUCCUCCGAUUAGCGGACGAAACAGCUCAGUCUCGCGCUCAAGCUGUUCAAGUACGUGAUGAGAAAGAUUAUGCGCAAGCCCGUCAGCUCUUACGCGCCCAGUUUCCUUUAAUGCCUGAGGAGUCACUGGACACUAUUCUCGAACAUGCCUUUCUGAAGGGCUCUGGCCGCGUGGGCCGGACAUCCAGAUUAUCGGAUCAAGACAAAGCCAAGUUAGCCGUAGAGGCUCAUAUUAGACACACCCAUACCAGCUAUGAAGCACUCCUGAAGGCCGGGAAGACGCGCGAUGAAGCUCGUCAAGCGUCAAAGGAGAUGGUCCAGGCUAUCAGGACCGCAUGGUCAGGUGGCAAUAUAGAGCCAACGGAUUGCCUGACUAUGCGGGAUCGAGUGAUUGUGAUUGAUUAA